AUGAACGCGAAGAAGGAGUGUGACGAGAAGUCAGAGAAGCAAGACGUUGCAAAGCCAGAGACACAGUCCCCGGCUCAAGCAGAAGAGGAGUCAGCGUUGAAGGAGUUGCUGCAGGUUGAGGAGAAAUAUGUCCCUCUCAUCACUUUGUUGGAGAAGUUUUCUCCGGGUGAAGAUGGCAUAUUAUUGAAUAAAAAGUUGCGGCAUUUUGAGACCACAAUCUCCUCUCUGUGUCCAGAGGAAAGGCUUGUACAAGAAGCAUUCGCGACGAUCCGCGCAGCAGCCCUGCAGAGCCCGGUGACGGCGCGCAAGCUGGCUGCAGUAAGCGCCUGCUUCAACAGCCAGCCUCACCUGCGCCGAGUCUUCCUUAACGUUGUGUUACAGGAAACCUUUAAUAAACUGGACAUACUGGAGCGCUCCGACCCUCGGUACCUAGUUAACGCGGCCAAUAUAAUGGGAGACUACUUCGCGAAGGCCCGCCUCAGUAACGGCCAAAAAGUCGACUUCCUCGCCGAGCCUCUGCUGCAGUACAUGCGCGCACUACUCGCCUCCCAGGACAUUCGCGCACACCGCAGUCUCGCCACACAGUUAAUGGUAAACGGUCGCGAGCUGAUGUCCGCGUUACCCCAAGAGCUGGACGAGCUCACCGUCUCCAUCCGUGUCCGCCUGCUCUCGCCCCCUCCAGUCAGCCCAACGUGGCUGUUACUCUCCGCAGACCUUUGUUUGAAUCAAUUCCACCCCCUACCCAGUUAUGUGUCGUCAAUAGAAGUUUUAGUUCAGCAGUUCGCUCGUCACUUCGUCAGUUGCUCUUGGGAUAUCGAACAGUGCAGUCCAGUGCAAAGUUUGUGUGCGUUAAAGCGGUUGUCGCGAACAGGUGCUUCCUGGAACAAUAACCAGUUUUUACUUUAUAAAAAAAUGGGCAAAGGCGUUGAGAGUUUUGUGUGGAGUGUAGAAGUGGAGCUGUCAGACAUUGACGCGAAGAAGGAGUGUGACGAGAAGUCAGAGAAGCAAGACAUAGCAAAGCCAGAGACACAGUCCCCGGCUCAAGCAGAAGAGGAAUCAGCGUUGAAGGAGUUGCUGCAGGUUGAGGAGAAAUAUGUCCCUCUCAUCACUUUGUUAGAGAAGUUCUCUCCGGGUGAAGAUGGCAUAUUAUUAAAUAAAAAGCUGCGGCAUUUUGAGGCCACGAUCUCCUCUAUGUGUCCAGAGGAAAGGCUUGUACAAGAAGCAUUCGCGACGAUCCGCGCGGCGGCCCUGCAGAGCCCGGUGACGGCGCACAAGCUGGCUGCAGUGGGCGCCUGCUUCAACAGUCAGCCUCACCUGCGCCGAGUCUUCCUUAACGUUGUGUUACAGGAAACCUUUAAUAAACUGGACAUACUGGAGCGCUCCGACCCUCGGUACCUCGUAAACGCGGCCAAUAUAAUGGGAGACUACUUCGCGAAGGCCCGCCUCAGUAACGGCAAGAAAGUCGACUUCCUCGCCGAGCCUCUGCUGCAGUACAUGCGCGCACUACUCGCCUCCCAGGACAUUCGCGCACACCGCAGUCUCGCCACACAGUUAAUGGUGAACGGUCGCGAGCUGAUGGCCGCGUUACCCCAAGAGCUGGACGAGCUCACCGUUUCCAUCCGUGUCCGCCUGCUCUCGCCCCCUCCAGACUCCACAACGUGGCUGUUACUCUCCGCAGACCUUUGUCUGAAUCAAUUCCACCUCCUACCCAGUUCGCUGCAAAAAUUUUACGCCUCACACUUAGAGUUAAGCUGA